AUCUCGACUUAAGCCAAUCUGAUUGAAUUAAAACUGAUAUGUAAGCCAUUGUAUUACUCUCUGAAUAUUUUAGAAAAAGCAAAGAAAAGCAUCGGAGUCAUGUUCGAAAGAGAAGUCAAUAUUGAUCUAAUAUGAGAGUCAUUCUUUUGUGCACGAUUGAAUGGGAUUUAGAUACUACUCUCUCUCUCUCUCUCUCUCUCUGUGUUCACACUUAAACACACAAAGGUUACACAUUAUAAAUGAUAUUUUGACAUGACAUGCCAUUGUGUUAGAUUAAUGACUUCAUGAAACAAGGAAAUCAGUCCGAGUCCUCUUUGAAAAGAAAGAUGGAGUUGGACAGAAUUAGCAACUUACCAAGUGAUGUUAUAGGACAAAUUUUGUCAGGUUUGCCUAUUAAGGAGGCAGUGAAGACAAAUGUUUUGUCAAGCAAAUGGAGGUUCAACUCGGCUAUGAUUCCACAUCUUGUGUUUGAUUGUUUCUCGACUUCAGACCGUACAUUUAUUGAGAGCAUUGUAGAUCAAGUACUGGUACUUCAUGUUGGCUCCAUACACACAUUCAGGCUUUCUCAUCCAGAUAUUGUAGCCACUAGUGCUAUUGAUCAUUGGAUUCGUCAUCUAUCAAGAAAUGCUAUCAAAGAGUUGGUGCUUGAAAUUUUGGAAGGGGACACUUACAAGAUUCCUUCAUGUUUGUUUUCUUAUCAAUAUUUGGUUCAUUUAGAGUUAAAUAAUUGUUUGCUAAAACCUCCUUCCACCUUCAAAGGCUUUGGGAGAUUGAAGGUCCUUUGUCUUGAUCUAGUUACAGUGGUUCAAGAUGUGCUUGAUAAUCUGAUUGUUUGCUGCCCUCUGCUUGAGAGAUUGACUUUAACAAAAUGUGAUGGCUUUAAUGUGAUGACUUUAACAAAAUUCUUUGAGUAUGACGGCUCUUUUGAGCAUGUUAGUAUUAUGAAUACGUUAAAUCUUGCUGUAGUUUGCAUUAAUUUGGUCGGUGAUGGCCUUACCUGGACUCGCCCUCUCAGUUCUAGCUAUUUGGUCAAUUUUCUUGCUCAUCUGCUCCAUAUUCGAAGGCUCACAAUUCAGUCUGAAUUUUUAGCGGUAAUGGAUUAUUUGGCUUCCUACUUUAAUUUCAUGACCAUUUACCUGCCCAUGGGUGUUUCAGCAUAUUCAUUGAGUCUGAUGCUUCCAUUCUGCUCCAGUACUUGGCGGAUGGUGACUUGCUAGUAAAGCUGCCAGAACCAUACAUGUAUCUGAAUUUUCUUUCUAUGAGCAUCUCCUUUCAUAUUUCGAAGGAAGUUUCAGCUGCUCAGUGCCUUCUGAGAAGCACUCCUGCUCUACAAAAACUCGAAAUUGCCGCAUUCGAUGAGGAUCAGUCUGUUGAGGAAGAAGUGAACUCUUGGUUAGAUUGUUAGAGUUUUGAGACUCUUGUCCCACAUUGGAGAAAACAAGAUUCUCAAUGACCUUUAUAUAUGUUUUGUCCUCUACAAUAUUACGUAUGUGUUGGACCACUUGGAAUGGGAAUUGAGACUUGGGCCACCAUUUAUUAAUUAAUUAGUUUUAAUUUUCGAAUUAAGUUUUUAAUUAAAAACGUUUUGAUUAAUAGACACAACUCUUGCUUCAUAUACAUCCUAAAAGUAUUUGAAGAAGUAUGAAAGAGCCUAUAUAACUGAAAUCCUCAGUUCCAUUCCAGACAUCUUUUCUUCCUCCUUGCUUCUGUACGAAAUUUCCAGAGAGUAAACACACAAAGCAAAUUCGCUAGAAUUCUAUAAUCCAGUCCGGGUUGUAGAAUUAGGUAGUUGAAUCUUGGUCGAGUAGAUGUUAUAGAACCAUAAGCACAGGAGUGGGACGAAAAUACU